UCUCCUAUUUGACCCCUGGCCUGGGAACCUCCAUAUGCCGUAGGUGUGGCCCUAAAAAGAGAAAAAAAAAACAAAAAAUAAACCUGUCUCUCAGACCAUGAGUUCUGGGGGAAGGCAGGUCCCCUCAGCCCAGACCCCCCCAGACCACGCACCUCCUUCCCCUUAUCCAUGCAAUACUGGCAACCUGGCUUCACUCCCUUGCUCCCUCUCCCCUGAUGGGAAAUCCAAAGCCCAAGGGGUUAGGUGACUCUUCAAGGUCACAGCACCACGGAGUCUCUGGACCCCCAGCUCACUCCCCUCCUCGUCCACCACCUCCUGUCCCUCCCACUCCCUGCUCCUGGAGUAGAGUGGGGGCAGCCCCAGGAGAAGCCAGCUCAAAAGCACAGGAAAGUCAAACGCCCAUUUGAUUCUGCCUCCGGGGCCUCUAAUUGCUAUUCCUGACACACACUGUAAUUAGAAGGCCCCUUUCAAAUAUUUAUACCUUAGACGUCGCGUAUUUAUCUGACAGGGAGAGGACUUGGAUUUGAUGAGAUCUGUCAACAGCUCAUCCUCGAGCAGGGAAUUGCCUUGCAGCUGACAGAAAACAGGACAAUUACCCACUGUGCUCCCUGGCAGUCCCCAGGGAUGCUGCUGCCUGUCGCUGAUUGCAGAGGGCGGGGUGGGGUGGGGGGCUGUGUGAAGGCUCUUCUGGAGGGAGGAUCGAGUUCAACAGGUUCGUGUUGGGCAGCUCAUCCAAAGCAGAAGAGGGGUGGGGAGGUGGGGGCACGUACGAAUGAGGAGCCUUGUUUUGUCAGCUCCGGGCCUCAGUUUCUCUAUCUGGAAAAUGGGGCUAACAGUGGAGGGGAGAUGGAGAACCUCCAACUCCGUGAAGAGACCUGGUGGGUGUCAAACGCCACUCCAAGUCAGGCCAUAUCAUGGCAUCCAGUCAGAAAUGAGCUGCGGGGUGUCCCUCCCCCUCUGUGCCUCCAUUUCCCCAAGGGGAAAAAACAAGUCACUCCCUCCUGGCGAUCCUUCCUCGAGCUUUCUGGGGUUUUCCUGUUAGAAGCCCAUUUUUCAAAUCAGGAAAGCAAAGCGCUUUCAUGGCCCCCAGCCCCACUAUUCCUGGGGUGGAGUCAGCUCUGACUUGCACUCCAAGCCACAGGCACCUACCCACCUCAGGGGGCCUGGAGAAGGGAAUCUGGGGUCCAGUCCUUCCUGACCACCCAUCUUACUCCUCUAUUAGGGGGAACUGAGCAAGCCACCUUAUGGAAAAAGAGAAAAUGUGUUUGCUCUGGAACUGGCCAAGGUUCCCUUUGCUUCUCUCACUGCCCCCAACCCCUUAAUGUUCUUGCCCCCAGACAGCUGCAGCUGCCAACAGGCAGCCAGGCCAGGCGAGACCCCUUUCAUUUCUGUCCCCCCCACCCCCCACCCCCAGAAACCACAAAAGGACAGAUGCUGAAGACCCACGCUAGGCACAGAUAUCAUCUCCCUUCCCCUGGCCAGCUGCCCCAGUCCCCUUCCCCCAUUGCGCAAUUAGUCCCCUGGGGAGAGGGGACGAGAAGAGCCCUCUUGGGGGAGGGGAAGUCAGAACCCCUGUCCCUUCCGUUGCCUACCCCCUCCCUCCCGCUGCGUCAGUAUCCAUUUUAGCCAGUGACCUCUGGGACAAUUUCCACACCCCCAAUCUGGUCAGUUUCGCCACCAGAUCCUGGUUCAAUUUCAACCCUCAAUGGUGGUCCCUCUCACCCCCUCUGCUGGUCAGUUUCACCCCUUCCCUCGGUCAAGUCCAGCCCCCCAUUUCCCGGCCAAUUUCCACCUCCCCUCCCUCUCUCACUCCCCACCUCAGCACCUCUCGCUCUCAGGAGCAAGGUCAGCCCCGGUAGGUUCCCACCUCCUGCUCUCCUCGCUCGGUCCUGCCAGCCUCGGUCCUCCGAGCCUCGGUCCUCCGGGUCACUGUCCAGCAGCCGCGGCCUCGGCCCCCCGCGACUCCCGCCCCGCAUCCCCCCUCCCUCCGCGGGCAGUGGCUCCCCUCCCUCCCCAGAACAGCUGAAGGUCUCUGUCACCUCCGAGGGGCGCGCCAGGGGAGGAGAGGGGGCGGGGGAAGCCGCGGAGGGGGAGGCGGGGAAGCCUUGACGUUGCUUGCUGCCCGGGACCCGGCCCGGGGCUGGUAGGGGCUGGGGCGUCAGUCUGAGCGCCCCCUCCCCAAAGUCCCCCUCCCAGCCGUGCGCCGGCUGCGGCUAAAGUCUCUCCGAAAGCGUGAAGGGGGAUUGGAGGAGAUUUUAUUUCCCUUUGUGCCCGCGCCUGGGGCCGGAUUGAGGCGGCCGGGCAGGGGGCUCCGGGAUUGGGGCUCCCCCGAAGCGGCGAGGAGCGCAACAAAGGAUGCUCCACACCAGGGUCGCCGUCCCUGCAACCCAACUUUGCGCGCGGCGCCCGCGCCCCCGGGGAGCCCGCCCGCUGCGCUGAGAACCCAGGCGUCCGGGCUGAGCCAGGGCUGGGGGCGUCGGCUCUGCAGGCGGCGCUUUCCCCGGCCCCCGGCUCCCAAGAGGGGAUCCCGGAUCUUCCCGGAGGCAGCGGGCUACCUAGCCUCGCACGGAGACCGCGCUGCCGGGGGAAACUCCGCGCGCUUCCGCGGAUGCCCCUAGCUCUGGCCGGACGACCCUGUGCUGGGCGUUCAGGGCCCUGCCAGGUGCCCUCUUCCCCCGCCGUCCUCCCAGAGCCGGGCUAAGGUGCGCUUUUGCUCUUCCUCCCUCCUCCGUCUCCUUCUCCUUUUUUUCCCCUUUUCACCCUCCUCUGAGCUCAGCCAAGGGGCAUACCUGAUCUUUCUCCUCCUUCUUCCUCUCCUUCCCCUCCUUCCUCCUACUCCUCCCUGGGGACUCUGCGGAGGUAGGGGGUCCAGAAGGGAGCAUGUGGGUCCCCCUCUGACAGUGGCCAGGUUUGGGGUGACACGAGCUCAAAUGGCCAAGUGGCUCCGAGACUACCUGAGCUUUGGCGGUCGGAGGCCCCCUCCACAGCCGCCCACCCCCGACUACACGGAGAGCGACAUCCUGCGGGCCUACCGGGAGCAGAAGGAUCUGGACUUUGAGGACCCCUAUGAGGACGCGGACAGCCGCCUGGAGCCUGAUUCCGCGGGGCCUGGGGACUCCAAGGGCCCUGGAGACGCCAAGUAUGACUCUCCAAAGCACCGGCUCAUCAAGGUGGAGGCAGUGGAUAUGGCCAGAGCCAAGGUCUUGCUGGGCAGUGCCUGCGAAGAGUCGGAAGUCGAUGCCGAAUACUCGGACCCCUUUGAUGCUCAACCUCACCCGCCACCCCCGGAUAAUGGCUACAUGGAGCCCUAUGAUGCCCAGCGAAUUGUGAGUGAAUUGCCAUGCAGAGGGGUGCAGCUGUAUGACACUCCCUAUGAGGAGCAGGACCAAGAGCCAGGAGAUGAGACUCCUUCAGGUCGGAAACCUCGACAGAGUCGGCUGCCCCAGGAGGAUGAACGGCCAGCAGAUGAGUAUGACCAGCCCUGGGAAUGGAAGAAAGACCACAUCUCCAAGGCAUUUGCAGUGCAGUUUGACAGUCCUGAAUGGGAAAGAACUUCAGGGUCAGCCAAGGAGCUCCGGAGACCCCCGCAUAGAAGCCCCCAGCCCGCAGAGCGUGUGGACCCGGCCCUGCCCCUGGAAAAACAGCCGUGGUUUCAUGGCCCGCUGAGCCGGGCAGAUGCCGAGAAUCUCCUGUCGCUCUGCAAGGAAGGCAGCUACCUUGUGCGGCUCAGCGAGACCAGCCCCCAAGACUGCUCCUUGUCCCUCAGGAGCAGCCAAGGCUUCCUGCAUCUGAAGUUUGCACGGACCCGAGAGAAUCAGUUCGUGCUGGGUCAGCACAGUGGCCCUUUCCCCAGCGUGCCAGAGCUGGUGCUCCAUUAUAGCUCCCGCCCACUGCCCGUGCAGGGUGCCGAGCAUCUGGCCCUGCUGUACCCCGUGGUCUCACAGAGCCCCUAACAGAGAGCCUCAGCCCCUUGCCCUGAGCCUGGAGGACCCAGAAUCACUGGCUGCAAAUGUUGGAAAUCUUUCCAUUCCUGGAGGAGGCUGGAUGGAAAGUCUCCCCACCCCUCCAGGCCCUGAGUCUUAUUGGAGCUGCUCUGCUCCACCUCCUUCUGGGUCCUGGAGCCCAGAAUUGUGUCUUGAAGUCCUCCUCUGGCCUGGAAAAUAAAUAAGUUAUUGUGUGUUUCAAGUGUCCUUUCUGGGAGGUGGGGAUCCCAGCUUCACAGAGGGAAGAGGGGAGACGGGCCCUGGGAGGUGGGGAGAGCAUUCCUAGCUCCUUGUUUUGGGAAUGGAGUUGGGGUCGGAGCCUGAAUUGCUCACAGGAAGGGACCGAGAGCUAGAGACAGGCAGGGAGAAAGAGGUAUGGAGGCAGAUAAAAAGCCAGAGACAUUGGAGACCAGCAGAUAAAAAAAGAUAGAGAAACGGAGAGGACAAGGCUCUCAGGCCAACCCCGCCCCCAUCCCAUUGGGGCGGGUGGCCACGGGCUGAUGCUGCUGCAGAAAGGACAUCUGUCCCCAUGGAAACAGCAGAAGUGGGGGAGGGGAGCCAGGCCCAGCUGGUGUCACUUCAAGGUGACAGUCGGGCAGGAGACCCCGGGGGGGCAGAUAAAAGUCAGGAAGCCCCAAUCUGGCCCCUCACCCCCCAACUCCAAGCCUGCCCAGGAGGCAGUACUAGCUGGGGAGGGGGAUGCCUCCAGCUCAGGGCACUGUUUGGAGGCUAGGGGCAUCACUUGUCUGCUAAUAAACACACGCCUCCAAAGA